AUGAAGGACUCAACGUUUGAAAAUCGCCUUUUUAUCAAUGGGGAGUUCGUGCCGAGCCAGAAAGGCAAGACUUUCGAACUUAUCAACCCUGCAACGACGAAGGUAUUAGGCUCAGUCUACGAAGCAGACAUCGAAGAUGUGGACGUAGCGGUCGCAGCUGGAAAAGCGGCUUUUGGCUUCUGGUCGGAACUGCCAGCCUUCGAGCGCUCUCGGUGGCUCCAUCGUCUCGUCGACAAAGUCGAGCAAAAUAUGCAAGAGAUAUCUCGUCUCGAAGCGCUUACGAUGGGAAAACCCGUCCACAAUGACAUUUCUAUACUUAUAGGGAUCCAAGUUCUACGAUACUUUGCCAGUAGGCCAAGUGAUAUUCAAGGAGAAACAUCCCUCAGUGACCCAGGGUUAGUGGGAAUGACACUCAGACAGCCGUAUGGAGUCGUAGGUGCAAUUAUCCCCUGGAAUACCCCCUUUAGCAUGCUCUGUCUAAAGGUUGGCCCGGCACUCGCUGCUGGUAAUACGAUGGUUCUAAAGACUUCGGAGAAGAGCCCUGUCUCGAGCUUAAUUGUUGGCCAAUGCAUGAAAGAGAUUGGCUUUCCUCCGGGCGUCCUUAACAUCCUCAGCGGUUUUGGUAGGCCCUGCGGGGAGGCUAUAGCGAAGCAUAUGGAGAUACGUAAACUGGCAUUUACUGGAUCAACGGCAACCGGCAGGGCUAUCAAAAAAGCAGCGGCAGAAAGUAACCUGAAGACAGUGACGCUCGAAUUAGGCGGCAAGUCGCCUCUCAUUGUGUUUGCUGAUGCAGACAUUCAAAAGGCCGCAGAGGCCGCGGCCGCUAGCAUUCUCGUUGUCUCUGGCCAGACCUGCAUGGCCAGUUCGCGGGUGUACGUGGAAGAGUCGAUAGCAAACCAAUUCGUGGAGCUGAUGAAGCUAGAAAUGUCCAGAAUAGGCGCCAGCGCUAACCCGUUAACAUCGGGAACUCUCCGAGGCCCACAGGCCGACCGCGCACAGUAUGAUCGUGUCAUGAGCUUUCUUGAUUUGGCGCGAGCACAAGACGUAAAGACCUUACUAGGCGGAGAUCGAGAGAACAAGGACGGCUACUAUAUCCAACCCACUAUGCUUUUCCAGGUACCAGAGGAUAGUAAACUAGUCAAGGAGGAGAUCUUCGGCCCUGUCGUAUGUGUCAAUACCUUCACCAAUGAAGCAGAUGCCAUUGGAAGAGCGAACGACACCGAAUAUGGCCUUUAUGGCAGUUUUUUCACCAAAGAUAUGUCUCGAGCGCUCAGACUAAGUAAGAAAAUUGAAGCUGGAACUGUGGGCGUCAACAUUGCAAGCCCGAAUGUUAUGCUCGACAUGCCAUUCGGGGGAUGGAAACAGAGUGGCGAAGGCAGAGAACUCGGCAAACACUCCCUCGACAGCUGGACAGAAUUGAAGACCGUGCUGAUGAAGUUGUAG